AUGGGUGCUGCCGAGGAUGAGUGGCUUCAGGCGCUUGUGGCUCGCAUAACCUCUGAUCUUCACAUCGUACUGAACGAGACAGGCGAGACUACUGCAUUAUCCUCCGUGAACGACCUAGAUGAAUAUUUCAACCAGCCCUUCUCGCUUGAUUCCAAGCUCCUGACCCAUGAGAAUCGAAAGGUACUGGAUGAGGUCGGUACGGAAGCGUGGAACAGAUGCAACAAGGGACUAUCCAACUCGCAAGCCAUUCAUAAGACUGAAACCCUGGAAAUUAUGGGUAAAUAUUAUGGUCGUCUGUUCAAAGCUGGGCUGAAGACUGCAGACAGGAUGAUUGGUCUUGCUAGGAAGGUAUUUGAGAAGCUAGAUCGGCAUAAUUCUGGGGUUUCUAGCAGCCAAUCUGCAAAAAGCCACGAGCUAGCUGCAGAAUGCUCAUUUCAGCUGUCUAUACUGGUAUGGAAGGAUAGGUUAGAAGGGCUUGGAAUAUCCCAGCAACCUAUUCCAUUCGCUAUCCAAAGUCUUUCGUGGAAGGCAAAGGCUGCCGAAAUACUCCUCCGUGUCGGAAUGGCGAAGAAAAGGAAUGGUGACCAAGCAGCUAUUGAAUGGCUACAGUGCUGCUAUGACUUUUCUUUUAUACCGAACCAUGUUGAGGAAGCAGGCGAAAGACUGAAGUCUCUUCGACGGGCUGUCCUACAUGAACUUACAUACCUAGAUUUACAGCAGACUUCAGCUGUGUACGUGGAACAUAUCCAAAAUUUAUAUAAAGAACUAGAAGAGAGAUAUGGAUCUGAACCCAGUACUAGAUUUUUGGGGUUUGAAGUCUCCUUUGCUCUAGUACCGCACGUAGAGGACGGGGUCACACAUUGCGGUCGCCGUCUUCAAUCUCUUAUCGAUUCGGAACUUGCCGAAUCCCACCUCAGCAGGUAA